UAACAUUUUGUAUAAUAUCAAAUUAAAUAUGAAUUUAAAAUAAGACUGAAGUGAAAUUACAUUUACACGUAUUAUUUUUGUUCAUUAUUUUCAUUUCUAAUUGAAAUCUAUGUGAGUUUGUGCGAUUACCUCUUUUACUACUUGCAAUAAUGUUAUCAUCAUUAUUUAUAAAAAACAAUUUAAUAACUAAAUUAUUGGUGAAUUCAUCAAAAUCAUCUCUUAUACUUUCACAAAAACGUACAAUAUGUAAACCUAGUUCAUUAUUACGUAGAAUAUUAGAAAAACCGAGGAUAAACAGUGAAACUAAAUAUUGUUUAAUAAGAUGUAAACAAACACAAUUAUGGGAUACAAAGCCUAAUUUAAUGAAUAACGUUAUUUUGUAUAAAAAAAAAUGUAUUAAUCCCCUGUUCAUUCACUUAUUUGGUUUAUGCAACAGUGCGGCUUUGUUAUUUUUAAUUGGUUAUUGGUGCAAAGAUAUGUAUCAUUCAUUUAUGAAUGCAUCAUUUAAAGAAUUUUCAGGAAACAAUUAUCCUAUUAUUUUUAUGUUUUUAGCUAUGACGCUCGCAGGACCACUGUUCUAUUUAUUCUCAUGGUUACUUAACGCACGUUUAAUCAAAUGUAUUAUUUUACAUAAAGGAGGUGAUCAUGUUAGUUUUAUAACUAAUCAUUUAUUGAAAAGUAGAAACACUAUAACCACUCCCGUGAAAAAUGUAUAUAGCUUAAGUUCUAGAACCGAAAAAAUCGGAGUAUAUAUGUCUGUCAAAAUAGAAUCUUAUAGACUGUAUUUUUUACUCGAUAAAAGUGGCAAAUAUGUGAAUAAGGAUUUAUUUGAUUAUGCGGUAAUGUAUAAAAAAGCUGACAAAUUAAAAUAAUAAUAAUAAUAAUAAUAUAAUGUUUGAUUAAAAUUGUAAUAACGAUUUAUUAAUCAGUAACCUUUUAUUUAGUAGUUAUAAUAUUUCUUUUUGAUAUAUCUUAUGAAAUACAAAUAGAAAAUAAAUAAAAUCUUUUCAUAUAUAAGAAACGUAUAAAAAUCUCUGAUGAGUGCAUCUGUAACUUAUCGUUAACAAUAUCAUUACGUGGAAAUAUAUUUAUAUAUAUAUAUAUAUAUAUAUAGAGUAUUGUGUUUUAUUGCACCAGUAUUAACAGAUGUUAAUCGAUUAACUGUUAUAUUUAUGAAAUUAUUUAU